UCCCUGUGAUCGCCACAUUCCGGUCCCCAUCAUGGAUCAUUCCAGCGAACCCAACAACGCGGCCCUUUACGAUGCCCGGAGACGCAGGGGCUCCGUCGGAACUUCUCAGCUCUUCGAAAACAUUGUGUCCGCCUCCAACUUCGAUCGCGAUGAAGUGGACCGUCUCCGCAAGCGCUUCAUGAAGCUUGAUAAGGACAGCUCUGGCACCAUCGACCGCGAUGAAUUCCUCUCCCUUCCUCAAGUCUCCUCUAACCCGCUCGCCACGAGAAUGAUCGCCAUCUUCGACGAAGACGGCGGCGGCGACGUCGACUUCCAAGAAUUCGUCUCCGGGUUAUCAGCCUUCAGCUCCAAGGGCAACAAAGAAGAGAAGCUGCGCUUCGCAUUCAAAGUAUACGAUAUCGAUCGCGACGGGUUCAUCUCCAAUGGCGAAUUGUUCAUCGUGCUGAAGAUGAUGGUCGGAAAUAACCUCAAGGAUGUGCAGCUGCAGCAGAUUGUUGAUAAGACCAUCAUGGAGGCUGAUAAGGAUGGUGAUGGCAAGAUUAGCUUCGAGGAGUUUACGGAUAUGGUUGAGAAUACGGAUGUUAGUUUGAGUAUGACGUUGAACCAGAUCUGAGGGGGGGUUGAGUUGUGGAUGAGGGUAUCUACUUGCUGGGUAUGGUAGAUAGGUUGGUUGGGUGGAUUGGGGUAUGAGGAGGGUUAUAAUUUCUUACUUAUUAUCUUAUGAUUAUGAUGACAGCCAUGACGAAACUGUAGUUUACUUUCCUUUUUCUUUUGCUUCAGGGUCGGAUUCGCUACUAGUCUAUAUUGUUUGUUAGGUACAUAGUGUACGGAUUACUAUGCGUGCUGUGCUUGUAAUUGUAGUUUGGGAGUUGCGAAGCAUGUGAAGAUCAUGGAACAUUCAUGAUCAUUAUCAGCG